UCUGUUGCUGAAGGGUGUGUCCCUGUAAUGUCUGUGCGUGCAGUAAAAGAGGAGGUCUUCUGAGGCGAAUUGAACCGGGUCUCUCCACCCUCCCGUUCGGCCAACCUACCUCAUCCAAACUCUCAUUAAAAACCUGCUUUCCUCUCUGGACUUUACUCCGCACCGACCCAUGAGGACUUUUCUGCCGCUUCUCCUCCGAGCUGCACUGCGGAAAUCUCUCUGAAAUCACACGAGACUGUGCCAACUGCUCCAAAACCAGAAGUGGCGACCGCAGGAAUCUGUUUGUGCGCCUCCACAGCGGUCUAAUAGCUCACUUUGCGUGUUUGUGUGGAGCUCUGCAGGCCUCUACUGUUUGUUAACAAUGUACCAAGUGGUGAGGAAGCUGUUUUUUACGGACUGUCGGUGCGCAGACGAUGCGUCGAAAACGUACGAGGAGCUGUUCGCCAGACUGGACACGAACAAGGAUGGAAAAGUGGAUGUGUCCGAGCUGAAGGCGGGCCUGGCUGCCAUGGGCAUCAAGGCCAGGAAAGGAGCAGCUCAGAAAAUCAUUUCCUCUGGAGACCAGGACAAUGAUGAAGGGCUCGACUUCAAUGAGUUCACCAACUACCUGAAGGAGCACGAGAAGAAGUUACGGCUGACGUUCAAGAGCCUGGACAGAAACAAUGAUGGUCGAAUAGACCACAUGGAGAUAAAGCAGUCACUGGCUGAUCUGGGACUGGACGUCAGCACGGAGGUUGCAGAGAAAAUUCUUAAAAGUAUCGAUGUGGACGGCACCAUGACCGUGGACUGGAAUGAAUGGAGGGAGCAUUUCCUGUUAAACACAGUCACCAACCUGCAGGAGAUUAUCCGCUACUGGAAGCACUCCACGGUUUUGGACAUUGGUGACAGCCUCACCAUCCCAGAUGAGUUCACAGAGGAAGAGAAGACGACUGGUAUGUGGUGGAAGCAGCUGUCAGCAGGAGCCAUGGCGGGCGCUGUGUCUCGUACAGGAACCGCCCCUCUGGACCGAAUGAAGGUCUUCAUGCAGGUUCAUGCUUCUAAGAGCAAUAAAAUCAGCCUUGCUGGAGGUUUUAAGCAAAUGCUAAAAGAAGGAGGGGCGACGUCUUUGUGGAGAGGAAAUGGUAUUAACGUCCUGAAGAUCGCCCCCGAAACAGCCAUUAAAUUCAUGGCUUAUGAGCAGUAUAAGAAGCUGCUGGCCAGUGAACCAGGGAAGGUCAAACCCCACGAGAGGUUCAUGGCAGGAUCGCUGGCUGGAGCCACAGCUCAAACUGCCAUCUACCCCAUGGAGGUGAUGAAAACCCGUCUGACCCUGAGGAAAACUGGACAGUACUCAGGAAUGUUUGACUGUGCCAAGACAAUCCUGAAGAAGGAGGGCGUGAAGGCAUUUUACAAGGGCUACAUUCCCAAUAUUCUGGGCAUCAUCCCGUAUGCAGGGAUAGAUCUGGCUGUGUACGAGAGCUUGAAGAACUUCUGGUUGUCCCACUAUGCCAAAGACACCGCCAACCCCGGUGUUCUGGUGCUGCUGGGCUGUGGGACCAUCUCCAGCACCUGUGGCCAGCUGGCCAGCUAUCCACUGGCUCUGAUCCGCACCCGGAUGCAGGCACAAGCUUCUAUCGAGGGCUCAGAGCAGCUGCCGAUGAAUCUGAUGGUGAAGAAGAUCCUGGAAAAGGAGGGCUUCUUUGGACUUUACCGUGGCAUCCUGCCCAAUUUCAUGAAGGUCAUACCAGCUGUCAGCAUCAGCUACGUGGUGUAUGAGUACAUGCGUUCGGGUCUGGGUAUUCAGAAGUAGGCAGCAGAGUCGUUCAUCGGCAUGUUUCCCUGAGAGUCUAAGAAGAUGUGCAGCAAUCUUUUUUUUUUUUUUUUCUUUUAAAAUUUCAAAACACUUCCCUUCUUUUGACUGGCAUAUGAGGAUGUUGUUUACCUGUAGGUCACCAAAGUCUGGAUUCAAACUGCUGCUGAUGUGUUUGCAGGACUUGGCUAAACCACUGAGCCACUAUCAGUAAGAGUGUGUUUAGAAGCAUCAGCAGCACAAAGACGAGGAAUAAUGACGUCUUUUUUCAAAUGCAUAUUGUUGUCCAGGCUCUGUUUACGAUGCACCCACAGCUUUAAGUGCUCUGCCAGUCUCUGGCACACUUUGAGUCAACUGACUUUAAGUGUUGAAAACCAAAACACUUAGAGAGGUUAGUUUUUGUUUGGCUUACUUGUUGGUUUAAGUAGAAAUGCCAUUGUUUUGUUAUCAGGAUCUUGUAAUGUGUCACACGCUCCUCUAAUAUUUGCACCUUAUUGUACCAAUGUUGAUCCUGAUAUGAAGUCCAACAUAUCAUUUACUACAUAUCUGCUCUUUUUUUUUUUUUGCUAUUUCUACCGUUGUCAAAAAUAAUCAAACCAAAAAUUUAGAAAGCCACAGUGUUUCACAGCUUUACACAAUCUUCCAAAUGUGUAAGAUGUCUCUGUUGUGAGAAGGGGAGCUGUUUCGUUAAGAAAUCUGAGGAAACUUUAAAAGUGCAAUACUAUAUUCACACAUUGGUCAUUCACAUUCUGUUUGUUUGACAUGGGUUUGUGUUUUGGGAAUGGAUUUCACCUGAAUGUUUCACAGCUUUUUUUUUUUUGUAUAGGACAUCAUUGCACCUCUUCAGUGAGGUUGGUGAACAGAUAAGAAAUGUGCCUUAUGUGUUUUUUUCCCCCAGAUGUCUGUGGACUUGUGCACUGUCCCUUUUCUCUUGCCUUUCUUUCCAAUAUUUGGUUCAUAGAUGCUGGUGUUUACAUUAAUAAAAAAAACAUUUGAAUACAAA